AUGAAGACUCUUUACACUCUACUUGUCCUUGCAGGACAUCUCUUGGAGGCUUCCGCUGAGACACUUCCGAGCCUCACUUGCGCGGCAGGCUCGGAAGUUACCGCGCAUCCAGAGUGCGACUCAUUCCUAAGCUCCGGCGAUGCAUGUGCUACAGUGUUGGACCGCCCUGGCAAAGAAGACUGCCUUUGCCACCAAGAGUACUUGGACUCGUUAUUUGGAUGUGAGAAUGAGCUGCGCCUCUGUUAUCGCCGCGAAGACUUGGGCGUCGACUUUGACAGAGUUCGUGAAUUAUGGAACAGUCUCUGUGGCUCGGUCAUCACCUUUGACCCAACCACCGCCCCCCCAAGCUCCUACGAGCCUUAUCCAGACCAGCUCUGCCUUGACCUGAAGAGCAAAUGUGUUAAUGCCGGCAACAUCUUCCGCGGGUGCGUUUCAGAAACGGACGUAUCCAAGAUCAUCUCAUGCAGUUGCCAGCCAAAACUACUGCGCGAUGCCUACUCGUGCAUGUAUUUAAUGAGAACCACCUGCUUGGGUCUGGAGGCAACGCUUUCCAAUGUCCCUGGGUACGAUUGCGAUAAUUUCGAGUCUGUAAUCGGAACAGGUCUGCCAGGAUAUAGUCCGGCUACCGAAACAGCAUUCCCGACGUUGGAUAUAACAACAGCAAUGACUGGUUCAAAUUCAGAGUCGACAGCCACGGCGACCACCACGUCGGACAAUGCUUCAGUGAAGCAGAACCCUGAAUUUGGCACUGUGCUGAUGUUAUCUCUCUGCAGCUUGUUUUUGAUCUCUGCGUUUUAG